AUGGAUCUCGAAAUCUGCAAGAGUUCAUUGUUCGUACUACAACGUUGUGGAAAAAAACGAGAGAACUAUCUUGACUAUAAAAAGUCCCAAAAAUUGCAUCUUCCCAAAAGGAUUAACCCAUCCUUUUGGUGGGAAAAAUGUCAACUUUUUUCUUUAUUUGUUUUUGGUCAAAAUAAGACUAGUAAUAGUUUUACUUAAUGACUUUGUAGAGAAGAAAGAAACCUUUUUGAGUAUAAAAAAGACAGAUUUUUUCAAAGUCCAAAGACGCGCAUUUUUCAAAAGGGGUUAGCCCAUGCCUUUGAUAAAAAAAUACCAAUAUCUUCUUUAUUUAGAUUUGGUCAAAAUAAGACUCGAAAAAAUGCUUUAAGACUUUGCAGAGAAAAAAGCAUUACUCAAUGCCUUUGCAAACAAAAAGGAAACCUUUUUUUAACAUAAAAAACAGAAUUUUUCAAAAUAAAAAAAAAUCAAAGGGGUCAACCUAUGCUAUCGGCCAAAAAUGCCAUUUCUUCUUUAUUUCGAUUUGAUCAAAAUAAGACCAGAAAUAAUGCUUUCUGACUUUGAAGAGAAAAAAGAAAUUUUUUGGUCCUUAAAAAAACAAUUUUUCAAAGUCCAAAAAAUCGCAUUUUUUCAAAGGGGUUAACCCAUGCUUUUGGUCAAAAUAUGCCAAUUAUUUGGUUUAUUUACAUUUGGUCAAGAUAAGACUAGAAGUAAAGUUUAAUAACUUUGUAAAGGAAACAAACCUUUUUUCACUAAAAAAAAACCUAUUUGAAAGUCCCAAAAAUCGCUUUCUUCCAAAGGGGUUAACCCAUGCGCUUGGAAAAAAAAUGCCAAUUUUUCCUUUAAUUAGAUUUGGUCAAAAUAAGACAAGAAAUAACAGUUAAUAACUUUGUUAAGAAAAAAAAAAAAAUCUUUUUUCACUAUAAAAAAGAAAACUUUUUGAAAGUCCCAAAAAUCGCUUUUUUCCAUAGGGGUUAACCCAUGCUUUUGGUCAAAAAAUGCCAAUUUUUUUGUUUAUGUAGAUUUCGUGAAAAUUACACUUGAAAUAAUGCUAGUGACUUCCCACAGGAAAAAAAAACCUUUUGGACUAUAUAUAUAUAUAUAUAUAUAUAAAAAGAAUUUUUCAAAGUAGAAAAAAUCGCAUUUUUUUCUAAAGUGUUUAAUCCAGCCUUUUGAUCAAAAAAGCCAAAUUCUUCUUUAUUUAGAUUUGUUCAUAAUAAGACUAGAAAAACUGCUUAGCGACUUUGCAGAGAAAAAGAAACCUGUUUUGACUAUAAAAAACAGAAUUUUUCAAAGUCCAAAAAAUCCGCUUUUCCAAAGGGGUUAACCCAUGCUUUUGGUCAAAAAAUGCCAUUUUUUUUCUCCAGUUAUAUUUCGUAAAAUAAGACCAGAAAUAAUGCAUAAUUACUUUGAAGAGAAAAAGGAAACUUUUUUGACUACAAAUAGCAGAAUUUUUCAAACUCCAAAAUCUCGCUUUUUUUUCAAAGGGGUUAACCCAUGAAUUUGGACAAACAAUGCCAAAUUUUUCUACUUAGAUUUGGUCUAAUUUUUCAAAGUCGAUACAAUCCACUUUUCCAAAGGGGUUAACCCAUGCUUUUGGUCAAAAAAUGCCAAUUAUUUGGUUUAUUUAGACUUGGUCAAAAUAAGGCUAGAAAUAAUGCUAAGUGACUUUGCGGAGAAAAAAGAGACCUUUUUGACCAUAAAAAACAGAAUUUUUUAAAGUAGAAAGAAUCGCAUUUUUUUCUAAAGGGUUUAAUCCAGCUUUUUGAUCAAAAAAGCAAAAUAGGCCAUAAUGAAGACUAGAAAAAAAUGGACAUAAGAAGACUAGAAAGACUGCUUAGCGACUUUGCAGAGAAAAAAGAAACCUGUUUUGACUAUAAAAAACAGAAUUCUUCAAAGUCCAAAAAAUAAUCUUUUCCAUGCCUUUGGUCAAAAAAUGCCAUUUUUCUCUCUAGUUAUAUUUGGUCAAAAUAAGACUAGAAAUAAUGCUUAAUUACUUUAAAGACAAAAAAUAAACUUUUUUGACUAUAAAUAGCACAAUUUAUCAAACUCCGAAAACUCGCCUUUUUUUUAAAGGGGUGAACCCAUGAGUUUGGUCAAAAAAUGCCAUUUUUUCUUUAUUUCGAUUUGAUCAAAAUAAGACUACAAAUAAUGCUUUGUGACUUUCAAGAGAAAAAACAAACCUUUUUUGGCCUUAAAAAAAUCUUUUUUCACUAUAAAAAAGAAAACUUUUUGAAAGUCCCAAAAAUCGCUUUUUUCCAUAGGGGUUAAUCCAUGCUUUUGGCCAAAAAAUGCCAUUUUUUCUUUAUUUGGAUUUGGUCAAAAUAAGACUAGAAAUAAUGCUAAGUGACUUUGCAGAGAAAAAAGAAACCUGUUUUGACUAUAAAAAACAGAAUUUUUCAAAGUCCAAAAAAUCCACUUUUCCAAAGGAAAACCCAUAAAUGCUUCUGGUCAAAAAAAUGCCAUUUUUUUCUCUAGUUAGAUUUGGUCAAAAUAAGACUAGAAAUAAUGCUUAAUUACUUUGAAGACAAAAAACAAACUUUUUUGACUAUAAAUAACAGAAUUUUUCAAACUCCAAAAACUAGCAUUUUUUUCAAACGGGUUAACACAUGAUUUUGGCCAAAAAAUGCCAAAUUUUCCUCCACUUAGAUUUCCUCAAAAUAACACUACAAAUAAUGCUCAAUUACUUUGAAGAAAGGAAAGAAACCUUUUUUGACUAUAAAAAAGAGAAUUUUUCAAAGUCCAAAAAAUCGCAUUUUUUUUUUCAAAGGGGUUAACCCAUGCUUUUGGCCAAAAAAUGCUAUUUUUUCUUUAUUUCGAUUUGAUCAAAAUAAGACUAGAAAUAAUGCUUUGUGUUUUUCAAGAGAAAAAACAAAACUUUUUUGGCCUUAAAAAAACCGUGAGAAUUUUUGAAAGUCCAAAAAAUUGCAUUUUUUCAAAGGGGUUAACCCAUGCUCUUGGAUAAAAAAUGCCAAUUUUUCCUUUAAUUGGAUUUGGUCAAAAAUAAGACUAGAAAUAACAGUUAAUAACUUUGUUAAGAAAAAAAUCUUUUUUCACGAUAAAAAAGAAAACUUUUUGAAAGUCCCAAAAAUGGCUUUUUUCCAUAGGGGUUAACCCAUGCUUUUGGUCAAAAAAUGCCAAUUUUUUUGUUUAUGUAGAUUUCGUGAAAAUUACACUUGAAAUAAUGCUUGUGACUUCCCACAGGAAAAAAAAAACAUUUUGGACUAUAAAAAAAAAAAAAAGAAUUUUUGAAAGUAGAAAAAAUCGCAUUUUUUAUCAAGGGUUUAAUCCAGGCUUUUGAUCAAAAAGCCAAAUUCUUCUUUAUUUAGAUUUGGUCAUAAUAAGACUAGAAAGACUGCUUAGCCGUUUUGCAGAGAAAAAAGAAACCUGUUUUGAUUAUAAAAAACGGAAUUUUUCAAAGUCCAAAAACUCCACUUGUCCAAAAGGGUUAACCCAUGCUUUUGGUCAAAAAAUGCCAAUUAUUUGGUUUAUUUAGAUUUGGUCAAAUUAAGACUAGAAAUAAUGCUAGGUGACUUUGCAGAGAAAAAAGAAACCUUUUUGACUAUAAUAAAAACAGAAUUUUUCCAAAUAGAAAAAAUCGCAUUUUUUUCUAAAGGGUUUAAUCCAGCCUUUUGAUCAAAAAAGCCAAAUUCUUCUUUAUUUAGAUUUGGCCAUAACAAGACUAGAAAAACUGCUUAGCCACUUUGCAGAGAAAAAGAAACCUGUUUUGACUAUAAAAAACAGAAUUUUUCAAAGUCCAAAAAAUCCGCUUUUUUAAAGGGGUUAACCCAUGCUUUUAGUCAAAAAAUGCCAUUUUUUUCUCGAGUUAGAUUUGGUCAAAAUAAGACUAGAAAUAAUGCUGAAUUACUUUGAAGAGAAAAAAGAAACUUUUUUGACUAUAAAUAGCAGAAUUUUUCAAACUCCAAAAACUCGCAUUUUUUUCAAAGGGGUUAACCCAUGAUUUUGGCCAAACAAUGCCAAAUUUUUCUCCACUUAGAUUUGCUCAAAAUAACACUACAAAUAAUGCUUAAUUACUUUGAAGAAAAGAAAGAAAUCUUUUUUGACUAUAAAAAAGAGAAUUUUUUAAAGUCCAAAAUAUUGCAUUUUUUUUUAAAGGGGUUAACCCAUGCUUUUGGCCAAAACAUGCCAAUUUUUCCUUUAAUUAGAUUUGGUCAAAAAUAAGACUAGAAAUGACAGUUAAUAACAUUGUUAAGAAAAAAAAAAUCUUUUUUCACUAUAAAAAAGAAAACUUUUUGAAAGUCCCAAAACUCGCUUUUUUCCAUAGGGGUUAACCCAUGCUUUUGGUCAAAUAACGCCAAUUUUUUUGUUUAUGUAGAUUUCGUGAAAAUUACACUUGAAAUAAUGCUAGUGACUUCCCACAGGAAAAAAAAAACCUUUUGGACUAUAUAUAUAUAUAUAUAUAUAUAUAAUUUUUCAAAGUAGAAAAAAUCGCAUUUUUUUUAUCAAGGGUUUAAUCCAGGCUUUUGAUCAAAAAGCCAAAUUCUUCUUUAUUUAGAUUUGGUCAUAAUAAGACUAGAAAGACUGCUUAGCGACUUUGCAGAGAAAAAAAAAACCUGUUUUGACUAUAAAAAACGGAAUUUUUCAAAGUCCAAAAAAUCCACUUUUCCAAAGGGGUUAACCCAUGCUUUUGGUCACAAAAUGCCAAUUAUUUGGUUUAUUUAGAUUUGGUCAAAUUAAGACUAGAAAUAAUGUUAAGUGACUUUGCAGACAAAAAAGAAACCUUUUUGACUAUAAUAAAAACAGAAUUUUUCAAAGUAGAAAAAAUCGCAUUUUUUUCUAAAGGGUUUAAUCCAGCCUUUUGAUCAAAAAGCCAAAUUCUUCUUUAUUUGGAUUUGGCCAUAAUAAGACUAGAAAAACUACUUAGCCACUUUGCAGAGAAAAAAGAAACGUGUUUUGACUAUAAAAAACAGAAUUUUUCAAAGUCCAAAAAAUCCACUUUUCCAAAGGAAACCCCAUAUAUGUUUUUGGUCAAAAAAUGCCAUGUUUUCUCUAGUUAGAUUUGGUCAAAAUAAGACUAGAAAUAAUGCUUAAUUACUUUGAAGACAAAAAAUAAACUUUUUUGACUAUAAAUAGCAGAAUUUUUCAAACUCCAAAAACUCGCAUUUUUUUCAAAGGGGUUAACCCAUGAUUUUGGCCAAAAAAUGCCAAAUUUUUCUCCACUUAGAUUUCCUCAAAAUAACACUACAAAUAAUGCUUAAUUACUUUGAAGAAAGGAAAGACACCUUUUUUGACUAUAAAAAAGAGAAUUUUUCAAAGUCCAAAAAAUCACAUUUUUUUCAAAGCGUUUAAAUACUUUUGGCCAAAAAUGCCAAAUUCUUUUUUUUUUACAUUUGGUCAAAAUAAGACUAGAAAUAAUGCUUAGCAACUUUGUAGAGAAAAAAGAAACCUGUUUUGACUAUAAAAACAAAAGUUUUUAAAGUCUAAAAAAUCGUCUUUUCCAUAGGGGGGCCCAUGCUUAUGAUUACAAAUUGCCAAUUUUUUGUUUAUUUAUAUUUGGUCAAAAUAAGACUAGAAAUAAUGCUUAAUGACUUUGGCUAUAAAAAACAGAAUUUCUAAAUAAUUGCACUUUUCCAAAAGGGGAUAACCCAUGCUUUUGGUCAAAAAAUGCCAAGUUUUUGGUUAUUUAGAUUUGGUCAAAAUGUACUAUCAGCUUUAUUCACAAUUUAAGGGCUCUUAUCUGAGGACUUCAGGCUCUAUGACCAGGAAAUAUAAAAAACGAAAACGUUCUCAUAGCUGCUCUACAGAAGGUAGUCUCCACAAAAAAUUCUGUAAAUUGAACACUUGGCUGGAUUCUCUGUCUUCGACUCAAUUAUCAGGUAAGUCCAAUUCACAGUAUGGUGACAGAAUAAUGCCAGACACAUUGUGCAGUUCAUGAUCCGCAUUGACAAAGGCUGGAGUAAAAAGAAGAGAAAAAACAAUCAGUUAAAAAACAGUGACAAAAUGUCUCACAAGAGUUGUGCUUCUAGUCACCCUUAGUGUGAUUUGUCCUUUUUUCCAUGAAAACCAUGGAGUGUUUAUUCAUGAAGAAAGCUACAGAGAGAAAACUAUAUGUCUUGAGAGAAUAAUGAGUUAAAAAAUUAAACUUAAGUGACAUGCCACUAAUCCAUGGUACUGGGUGGAUAAUAUAACAAUAAUGGCUUCUCCAUUUCAGGUCUGCUAUUUCCCUCAAGCAGGGUUGUCAGAAUGUUUUGAAGUGGACGGCUGAGUUGCCAAAGUAAGAGACCAGUCCAGGGAAAUUUUAUUUAAAAAACGCCAUCCGUAAAGAAAUGCCAAGCAGAGUAGCCUGCCGAUACUAACCAAGCAGGCGGCGAUUUUCGCCGGCAGCCGGCUACUUUUGACAACCCUGCUCAACGUAGGUCAGUUUCAAGACAAGAUAUAAAAGAUGAAAAUUCCUGAACAGUUGUGAUUUGCGCUUCUCAACUAGUAAAACAAAGAAAUGGAUAUUAAGUUACAGUGACACAUACAGGACUUUCUCUGGUGUCCUCUUAAUAGGUGUCUACUGUGCGGUUUGUCCGCUUAACAUUGAGUGUCUGCUUAAUAUGGGGCCAAGUCACUUACCAUCAAAAAUCCAAAGUGCCUUCAAAAUCAGAAAAACAAUGGCAAUGGCUUCUCUUGGUCAUCUCUGCUUUUUUCACCACAGCAGACAAGCAAUCUUGUCCCCACACUCCUUCUAAUUUGAAAAUAUAAUAUAAAAUAUCAACCCUUCAAUGUGCGACAAUUUUGGUCGCCAUGGCGCCUAAAAUCUUGAAGCUGGCGGCUUAAUUUGUAAAAAAGUCUCCCUAAACCAAAAGAAUUGGUUUCCAAAUGGCGAUUGAGCAAAAACUUUAACUUGGAGGGUUGAAGAUGAUAACAAGUACAAAGAUUCGAUGUUUAAAUUAAAAUCAAUGUUUUAGUCAAACAGAAGUGUGUCUCCACCAAAUUGCAUUUGAUUAGGAGUCUGCACUUUGUUCACUGCUGUAUAAAGUAUCGUCCUCCAAAAACUUCUGCAAGAGCAAUAACGAUAGCCAUAAACAAUACGGAUAGCUCAAGGGACUUGCACUGAUCACAAUCACAACAAGAGCAGAGGAAAAGUCUGCAUAAGUACUGACUGACUGAGAAGGCAUGUUGGGUAUCCUGAAUUUCUUGAAGUUGGGUGGCAGGUUCCUCCAAUAGGCAGGUUGACACCACAGCAAAAAGGGCAGGCAUUAGAGAUGCUUCUGUAGUUAAGCACUACAAAUAGGGAAGAACAGUUGGUAUGAGUUGCUGGUUUCCAUACUUACUGGUUUAUUGGUUGGCCGGUUCUAUGAUUUCUGAUCUCUUGUGUUAUGUAGAUUAAGUGACACCGGUUUCUGCCGAAACAGUUCAUCGGCCACAUAACACCACUACACCUUCCACAAGUUCAGCUUUCAUUAGAAUCCGCCCAUACUCAAGCAUCCAGCCACCAUAAGGAAUCCAAUUUCAUACAAGUAUAGCAUCUUCCACAAGUUUCCAGUCAGUUAUCUGGAAUGUAUAGGGGAUGCAACAGAGUGGAGUUGUGGAUCCAUGAUCACAACAAGUGUAGAGGAACAGACAUUACAAGUACUGUCUGAGUGGGUGUGUUGAGUAUCCUAGAUUUUCUGGAGUUGGAUGGUAGGUUCCUUCGAUUUGCAAGUUGACACCACAGCAAAAUGGCAGGCAUCAGGGAUGCUUUUGUAGUUCAACACUACGAACAGGGAAAAACAGUUGGGUGGCAGGUUCCUCCAAUAGGCAGGUUGACACCACAGCAAAAAGGGCAGGCAUUAGGGAUGCUUCUGUAGUUAAGCACUACAAAUAGGGAAGAACAGUUGGUAUGAGUUGCUGGUUUCCAUACUUACUGGUUUAUUGGUUGGCCGGUUCUAUGAUUUCUGAUCUCUUGUGUUAUGUAGAUUAAGUGACACCGGUUUCUGCCGAAACAGUUCAUCGGCCACAUAACACCACUACACCUUCCACAAGUUCAGCUUUCAUUAGAAUCCGCCCAUACUCAAGCAUCCAGCCACCAUAAGGAAUCCAAUUUCAUACAAGUAUAGCAUCUUCCACAAGUUUCCAGUCAGUUAUCUGGAAUGUAUAGGGGAUGCAACAGAGCGGAGUUGUGGAUCCAUGAUCACAACAAGUGUAGAGGAACAGACAUUACAAGUACUGCCUGAGUGGGUGUGUUGAGUAUCCUAGAUUUUCUGGAGUUGGAUGGUAGGUUCCUUCGAUUUGCAAGUUGACACCACAGCAAAAUGGCAGGCAUCAGGGAUGCUUUUGUAGUUCAACACUACGUACAGGGAAAAACAGUUGGGUGACAGGUUCCUCCAAUAGGCAGGUUGACACCACAGCAAAAAGGGCAGGCAUUAGAGAUGCUUCUGUAGUUAAGCACUACAAAUAGGGAAGAACAGUUGGUAUGAGUUGCUGGUUUCCAUACUUACUGGUUUAUUGGUUGGCCGGUUCUAUGAUUUCUGAUCUCUUGUGUUAUGUAGAUUAAGUGACACCGGUUUCUGCCGAAACAGUUCAUCGGCCACAUAACACCACUACACCUUCCACAAGUUCAGCUUUCAUUGGAAUCCGCCCAUACUUAAGCAUCCAGCCACCAUAAGGAAUCCAAUUUCAUACAAGUAGUAUCUUCCACAAGUUUCCAGUCAGUUAUCUGGAACGUAUAGGGGAUGCAACAGAGCGGAGUUGUGGAUCCAUGAUCACAACAAGUAUAGAGGAACAGACAUUACAAGUACUGUCUGAGUGGGUGUGUUGAGUAUCCUAGAUUUUCUGGAGUUGGAUGGUAGGUUCCUUCGAUUUGCAAGUUGACACCACAGCAAAAUGGCAGGCAUCAGGGAUGCUUUUGUAGUUCAACACUACGAACAGGGAAAAACAGUUGGGUGGCAGGUUCCUCCAAUAGGCAGGUUGACACCACAGCAAAAAGGGUAGGCAUUAGGGAUGCUUCUGUAGUUAAGCACUACAAAUAGGGAAGAACAGUUGGUAUGAGUUGCUGGUUUCCAUACUUACUGGUUUCAAAUCAGGUGUUUAGGAGGUCCAGAGAGCAAUCAACAUAACAAUGUAUCGCCAAAUACUUGUUUAACAAGUCACUCCUUUUAUGCUAAAUAGCUUUUUCCAACUUUAAAACCACGUAAUGUUAAUUCUCAAGGAAAGGUAUUAGACAGUUAUUAAUCUAAAAAAUUGAAUUAAGUCACAUACCUGAUCGACAAAUCCAGGGUACAUGGUGGAGGGAAAAAACAACAGUGGCUGGGCCUACAUGCCAGCUCUGCUUUCUUCCACAAAGACAGGCGAGAAAUCUUAUCACCACACUCCUUCUAAUAAAUGAUAUAUGAAAUAUGAUAACAAGUAAAAAAGUCAAUAUUCAUGUCAAAACGUGUACUGAAAUUGAAAAAAAAACAACAAUCGCCAUAGAUCAAGGGUCUCUUAAUCCCAGAACUUAUAAAUCUUCUCUAUGUGGCUGUAAACUGUGUUCCUUCAAGGAUUUGAGCAAGAGUGAUAAUGAUAGCCAUAAUAAUGAAGACAGGUAAAUGGUCAUGCAGUGACCACAAUCACAACAGGAGUAGAGAAACAGUUAGUUUGAGUACCAAUUUAUUUGGAUAUCCUGGGUUUACCACGUCCACACCACAGCAAUAAGACCAAGCACAAGGGAUGCCUUUGUGGUUGAACACUACAAAAUAGGGAAUAGCAGUUAGUAUGAGUUGCUGGUUUCCAUACUUAGUGGUUUAUAGGUUGACCGGUCCUAUGUUUGCUGAUCUCUCGUGGCAUGUAGAUUAUUAAGAGUGGGUUCUUUGAGACGAUCUGAAUGAGGAUAAGUGAUCCAAGAUCACUCAGAUCAUGGUAGAUCAAAUGAAUGGACAAAAAGUCAUCGGUUCAUUUGAUCUACCAUGAUCCAAGUGGUCAGGAACCUCCGAUCCUAGUAAAUCCUUAUCAUCCCAAAGGUCAACGCACCCCAAGUCACACCGGUUUCUGUCGAAACAGUUCAUCGGCCAAACACCACUACACCAUAUCCACAAGUUCAGCUUUCAUUGGAAUCUAGUCAUACACAAGCAACCAGCAAUUGUAAGGAAUCCAAUCUCAUACAAGUAGCAUCUUCCUCAAGUUUCCAGCAGAUAUCUGGAAUGUAUGGGGCAGGCAUCAGGGAUGCAGUUGUGGAACAUGGUGUUGGGUGGCACAUGCAUUGA